CUUGAACUUGGUCCCUCUUUGUUUCUUGUUUGCAACUCUUCGGCUCUCAACUUUACUUUCUCUGCGGUUCCAGGAAUCUUAUGCGCACAUCUAUAUGCUAUUAUUGGGAAUGUUAGUAUCUUGUUCUUACCUUCCUAUGUAAACCAAGUGCAUUUUUGGGAAUGCACACUCUAAGGUUGCUUUGCAGUUGGUAUGGAAUCCUUUUGAGUUUGCUUGUUUGGCAAGUGAGUAUUCAAGAGUUUGUGAACAUUGUAGAUCUAUUUCUAACAAGAAUCUGUUGACCCUUCAUAGUUUCCAUUCUUUACUUGAAAUCUUGUGUGUUUGGUUGCCCUAUCUGGGAGUCCUUUUUCGUUUCACAGGAUUUUGUGAGAUCGAUGCAUCCUAGAAAUAAAUGCUGUUCGUUUUCUCUGUUGGAUAGAUGCCUUGGAAAGAGAAGUAGCUGCUAUUUUUUAGGAGCCUGUUGUCGUAGUGUUGCACUUUACAUCAUGGAGAAGUUUAGGGAAAAGUUCAAGGCACUUUUCAAUAGCAGAGGCUGUCUUGGAUGCUUUACUAAACCUCCAUUAGGCAUCUCUGUGAAUGAUCCUUCAAAGGGACAGCAAAUUCAAGGCCAAGCAGUGAAGAAACAAUUCAUCGUGGACGACUACUGGAGCACCAGCCCUUGUGAAAUGGAUAACAGUGUUGCACCUUCUCCAAGAAGUCUGUCCUCCAUCAGCACCUCGAACCAGACCCUUGAUCCUCCUCAUAGUGGUGAUGGGGAACCAAGCAACCCAUCUGAGUUUGUAAAUCACGGCCUUCUUCUGUGGAACCAGACAAGGCAGCAAUGGACUGCAAAUAAGGGAACUCAGAAUCGCACACAAGUUCGUGAACCUAAAAUCAGCUGGAAUGCGACUUACGAGAGCCUACUCGGGACCAGCAAGCCUUUCCCACAGCCCAUUCCACUUGCAGAAAUGACAGAUUUUCUCGUCAACGUCUGGGAGCAGGAGGAGCAGGAGGGCUUGUACGAUUGAUGGCUUAGCGAUAUCGGUAAUGUGAGCAUUCGCACGCUGCUUGAGAAUUGUUUUUUGCGAAACCGCAUUUGAUUGUGUUGCGCAUUUGACUCGACU